AUGGCGGUAUAUAUCCAAGAUGGUAUGUCCGAGGGCACGCAUGUUCAAGACGACGGCAUAGGCCCAGGGAACGGCUCAACAACCCGCUCCGUCUCGCGCAACAUCUCCCGGCAGUCUGGGACACUCCACCACGCAACCGACAGUAACCUCCGUCACCGCAUAUCAUUCUUGGAGAGGCAUCACGCGACACCUCCCCCGCAGUCGUUUGCCGUCGCCGGCAUCGACAACGAGCAGCCACGCACGACAGGCGUCACCAAACGACCCGAUGCAAUCUCCGUCACAGGCAAAGCGACACUUGGGCCCUUUUGCACGUUCUAA